UGUGAAAUAACCCUACCUUAGCUACCUUUGAAUCCUCCUCUCACUUCCACACUCCCACCUUCUUCUUCACCGUCUCCCCCUCCCUUUUAGCUGCUGCCACCGCCGACGCCGACGACGACGUCGCCUCCUCCGUUCAGUGACGCCGCCGCCUUCUCCCUCCUGAAAGUUUGCUCUGAUUUUCUACUCUUUUGUUAUUGGUAUUCUCCCAUGGACUCCGAGGAUGGAAACCGAGCUUUAACCAGCACCCCCUUCUCCGACCUCGAACCUCCCCUCUCUGCACCAGUUCUCGAGGCGCUGGCCCAAUCUGGUUUUCAAUUUUGUACUCCAGUUCAAGCCGCCACGAUUCCGUUGCUAUGUAGCCACAAGGACGUCGCCGUCGAUGCCGCCACCGGUUCGGGGAAAACCUUAGCGUUUGUAGUUCCGGUUGUCGAGAUCCUCCGCCGAUGUUCUAGUCGCCCCAAAGCUCACCAGGUUAUGGGGAUAAUAAUUUCCCCAACAAGGGAGCUUUCCUCUCAAAUUUACAAUGUUGCGCUUCCUUUUGUUUCUACACUAUCGAAUUUCAAAUCGGUGCUUCUCGUUGGAGGAGCCGAAGUAAAGGCAGACAUGAAAAAAAUAGAAGACGAAGGUGCAAACCUGUUGAUUGGGACUCCAGGAAGGUUAUUCGAUAUAAUGGAACGUAUGGACAACUUGGAUUUUCGGAAUUUUGAGGUUUUGAUACUGGAUGAGGCAGAUAGGCUCUUGGAUAUGGGAUUUCAAAAGCAGAUAACGUCAAUUAUAUCUCGUUUGCCUAAGCUUCGUAGGACUGGUCUUUUUUCAGCUACACAAACCGAAGCAGUUGAAGAGCUAUCAAAGGCAGGGCUAAGAAAUCCUGUCAGGGUUGAAGUAAAGGCAGAAACAAAGUCUGGUUCAUUGUCAUCAACACAACUUGCAUCUUCGAAAACUCCGUCUGGUCUUCAUAUUGAGUAUUUGGAAUGUGAAGCGGACAAGAAGUCUGCUCAACUUGUUGAUAUUCUUGUUAAGAACAGAGCCAAAAAAAUCAUAGUAUACUUCAUGACUUGUGCAUGUGUUGACUAUUGGGGAGUUGUUCUACCACAACUUACCAUUUUAAAGGGUUUUUCCUUGAUCCCUCUGCAUGGAAAGAUGAAACAAACCGCCAGGGAGAAAGCACUAGCCUCAUUUGUAUCCCUCUCGAGUGGUGUCCUUCUAUGCACAGAUGUUGCAGCCCGUGGACUUGACAUUCCUGGUGUCGAUUGUAUAGUUCAGUACGAUCCUCCUCAAGAUCCUAAUGUUUUUGUACAUAGAGUUGGCCGGACAGCUCGACUGGGUAGAGAAGGAAAUGCCAUUGUUUUUCUGUUGCCGAAGGAAGAAGCUUAUAUAGAAUUUCUACGCAUAAGAAGGGUUCCUAUACAAGAGAGAAAUUGUUGUGAUGAUGCUUCAGAUGUAGUUCAACAGAUACGAACCGCUGCAAAAAGGGAUCGUGAUGUUAUGGAGAAGGGAGUUAAGGCAUUCGUUUCUUUUAUACGUGCUUAUAAAGAGCACCACUGCGCUUUCAUUUUCAGAUGGAAAGAACUUGAAAUAGGGAAGCUGGCCAUGGGUUAUGGUUUGUUGCAACUGCCUUUGAUGCCUGAGGUAAAGCACCACUCACUGUCGACCGAGGGUUUUGUCCCCGUUGAAGAUAUUAACUUCGAGGAGGUUAAAUUCAAGGAUAAAUCUCGGGAAAAACAACGGAAGAAGAAUCUUCAAGCUAAGAAGGAAGCACAAAAGCAGCAGCCUAAACCCGAGCCGAAGAAGAACUCUAAUGCUGCUACAGCUCCGGUCUUGAGAAAGAAAACAGCUCGACAGAGACGUGCUGCACAAACAGUUGAAGAUGAGGAUGAGUUAGCGCACGAAUAUCGACUGUUGAAAAAACUCAAAAAGGGAACUAUCGACGAAACUGAAUAUGCAAAGUUAACUGGGACUGAGGAGCUACUGUGAAAUGCAUGAGUAAAUUCUAAGAUUCCAGUGAACUCUCAAAGACAUUUACGACAUAGCAAGAGUCUCGAGCAUCAGAGACGGUCGGUCUUUUGAGAACGAGAGAGAAUCACAGUACCUUGAAAGCUUUGUUUGGAGAACUUAUGCUGCUGAAAGGGACCGAUUCUGCAAUGAUAAUCUUUGGAGUCCCAAAAGUUUUUGGCUUGAAGUUUGGUUGCAGCUGGAACAGAUUUUUGCUUAACUGAUAGGUCUACCGGUAUUAUUGAGCUACAUCUCUUUCUUUUGUAUAUUAUGUUGCUAGUAGGUGAUUUUCCUAUGUAAAUUAUGCCCUUUCUCAGGCUUCUUUUACUAUUUAUACACCCUUGAUAUGAUAUUUUUGUAUCCUAAUAGAUAAAUUCUGCCCACUUUAUUUAUUA